CCAGUAUUCAUUUAUCCCGCUUUUAAAUUCGAAAAUAUGCAAACUGAAGAAAGCAGUUUCAAAAGAAGAUUAGUGCUACCACUUUUAUCCCCACGCAAAUCCAACCCCACUCUUUCAAAGAUUUUCUCCACUUUCUCAAACAAAAGCAUUUAUUGACUGAAAAUUCGUCCACUACUUUUCAAUUGUAUAUUUGGGAGAAGCGAUUCCUUGUUGCUUGGAGUUAAAGCCAUGGACUUUUCUUCGUUUUGAGGAGUUUUGAGUGAGAUAUCUUCUCCAUAUCUUGUUUGCAAAUGGAAGAAAGAAUUGAUGAGAAGCCAUUUAAGGCAUGGUCAUGGUCUGUGGAGCAGUGUUUGAAGGAGUACAGAGUGAAGCUAGACAAAGGGUUGAGUACGUAUGAGGCAGAGAAAAGGAGGGAGAGAUCUGGAUGGAAUGAACUCCAGAAAGAGAAGGGGAAGCCCCUAUGGAGACUUGUUUUGGAGCAAUUUGAUGAUAUGCUUGUUAAAAUCCUUCUAUUAGCUGCUUUCAUCUCAUUUGUUCUGGCUUUCUUGCAAGGAAGUGAUGAGGAGGAGUCGGGGUUCGAGGCAUAUGUUGAGCCUUUUGUCAUAGUCUUGAUACUAGUCCUUAAUGCAAUAGUUGGUGUUUGGCAAGAAGGUAAUGCAGAGAAGGCCCUUGAAGCGUUGAAGGAGAUGCAAUGUGAAUCUGGCAAGGUGUUGAGAGAUGGAUAUUUGGUGCCUGAUUUGCCUGCACGCGAGCUAGUUCCCGGUGAUAUUGUGGAACUGCGUGUAGGGGAUAAAGUGCCGGCUGACAUGAGGGUGGCAGUGCUAAAAACCUCUACCUUAAGAGUCGAGCAGAGCUCUCUGACCGGGGAGGCAAUGCCAGUGUUGAAAGGCACCAAUCCUGUAUUCUUGGAUGAUUGUGAACUGCAGUUGAAAGAGAACAUGGUUUUUGCUGGAACCACCGUUGUUAAUGGCAGCUGCACUUGCAUAGUUGUCAGCACUGGGAUGCAGACUGAGAUCGGACAGAUACAAGCUCAAAUCCACGAGGCUUCAUUGGAAGAGAGUGACACUCCUUUGAAGAAGAAGCUUGAUGAGUUUGGUAAUAGGCUCACUUCUGCAAUUGGCAUCAUCUGCCUCGUUGUAUGGCUUAUCAACUACAAAUACUUUCUGUCAUGGGAGGUUGUGGAUGGAUGGCCUUCGAAUUUCAAGUUCUCUUUCGAUAAAUGCACUUACUAUUUCAAGAUAGCCAUUGCCCUCGCAGUUGCUGCAAUCCCUGAAGGCCUCCCUGCUGUGAUCACAACGUGCUUAGCCUUAGGCACCCGGAAAAUGGCUCAAAAGAAUGCUAUAGUACGUAAGCUUCCUAGCGUGGAGACAUUAGGAUGCACAUCUGUUAUUUGUUCGGAUAAAACGGGGACAUUGACCACAAAUCAGAUGGCAGUAACAGAGUUCUUCACUCUGGGAGGUAAGACUACAGCUUCUAGAAUUCUCCAUGUCGAAGGCACAACUUAUGACCCCAAGGAUGGAGGGAUAGUGGAUUGGAACUGUUAUAAUAUGGAUGCCAAUUUGCAAGCAGUGGCUGAGAUUUGUGCAGUUUGUAAUGAUGCUGGAAUAUAUUGUGAUGGUCGUUUGUUUAGAGCAACGGGAUUGCCCACAGAAGCUGCUCUUAAGGUUUUGGUUGAGAAGAUGGGAGUUCCUGAUAGUGAGGUAAAGGAUAAGAUUCGUUAUUCAAAGCUCUUGUCCAAUCUUUUGAUUGAUCGCAAUGCAGUUAAAUUAGCAUGUUGCGAGUGGUGGGCUAAAAGAUCAAAAAGAGUUGCAACACUAGAGUUUGAUCGCGUCCGUAAAUCUAUGAGCGUUGUUGUCCGCAAAACAAAUGGUAGCAAUCGACUUCUUGUCAAGGGUGCCGUUGAGAGUUUGCUGGAGCGUACUUCCUAUGUGCAACUUGCUGACGGUUCAACUUUCCCCAUGGAUGAAACCUGUAGGCAAAUGUUGUUAGCAAGGCUCUUGGACAUGACUUCAAAGGGUUUGAGAUGCUUAGGCUUGGCAUAUAAAGAUGAUCUUGGAGAGUUCUCAGACUACUAUACUGAGACUCAUCCAGCACACAAGAAGUUGCUCGACCCCUCGUGCUACUCCUCCAUAGAAAGUAGCCUAAUUUUUGUAGGAGUAGUUGGUAUAAGGGACCCUCCUCGAGAGGAAGUUGGUAGAGCAAUCGAGGAUUGCAGAGGAGCUGGAAUCAAGGUCAUGGUGAUAACUGGAGACAACAAGUCCACAGCCGAGGCCAUUUGUAAGGAAAUACGGCUGUUUCCUGAAGGCGAGGAUCUCCAAGGAAGAAGUUUCACCGGUAAAGAGUUCAUGGCCCUUUCUUCUCAACAACAAAUUGAUAUAUUGUCAAAACCUGGGGGCAAGGUCUUUUCUCGAGCCGAACCUAGGCACAAGCAAGAUAUUGUGAGGUUGCUCAAAGAAAUGGGAGAAAUUGUUGCAAUGACUGGUGAUGGAGUGAAUGAUGCACCUGCCUUAAAACUUGCUGAUAUUGGAAUAGCGAUGGGAAUCACUGGUACUGAGGUAGCGAAAGAAGCAUCAGAUAUGGUGUUAGCCGAUGACAAUUUCAGCACAAUUGUAUCAGCAGUUGCAGAAGGCCGUUCAAUCUACAAUAACAUGAAAGCCUUCAUCAGGUAUAUGAUCUCGUCUAAUGUAGGGGAGGUUAUAUCCAUAUUCCUGGCUGCUGCUCUCGGCCUACCGGAAUGUAUGAUACCAGUGCAGCUUCUGUGGGUGAAUCUGGUCACGGAUGGUCCGCCUGCAACAGCCCUCGGAUUCAACCCUGCUGAUGUCGAUAUCAUGCAGAAACCACCUCGGAAGAGCAGUGAAGCUCUCAUUGACUCGUGGAUCCUCUUCCGCUACAUGGUGAUAGGGUCCUAUGUCGGCAUUGCAACAGUUGGAGUGUUCGUCAUGUGGUACACACAGGCAUCGUUUCUAGGCAUAAACCUGGUCGCGGACGGGCAUACUCUGGUUGAGUUAUCUCAGCUGCGCAGCUGGGGGGAGUGCUCAACAUGGUCAAACUUCACCGCGUCUCCCUUCACAGUGAGUGGUGGCGGGGCCAUCUCAUUCUCAGACCCCUGUGACUACUUCUCGGUGGGUAAGGUGAAGGCGAUGACUCUGUCGCUGUCUGUGCUGGUUGCUAUUGAGAUGUUGAACUCUCUGAACGCACUGUCGGAAGACAAUAGCCUUGUGAGAAUGCCGCCGUGGACGAAUCCUUGGCUGCUGGUGGCCAUGUCCGCCUCUCUCGCUCUCCACUGUUUCGUUCUGUACGUCCCUUUCAUGGCGAAUGUGUUUGGUGUGGUUCCGUUAGGCUUGAAUGAAUGGCUCCUUGUCUUGCUGCUCUCGGCACCAGUCAUUUUUAUAGAUGAACUUCUUAAGUAUGUGGGAAGGAGGAGGAGGAGGAGAAGAUUCACACCAAAACAAAAGCUGUUAUGAUCUUUAUUUUAUAGAAAACGGUGAUCAUGGUUUUAUUUUUUUUGUGGAUAUAGAAGCCUGUUCUGUAAUGCUAUUGCAUAUGUUACUUUAUUUUAUUUUAUUUUUUACAAUUUUAGAGAA